AUGGAAGCAAUAGUUAAUUACUUAAGUGGUAAGGAUACAUUUGUAUCCAUGAAAACUGGUGAAGGAAAAACUUUAUGCUAUGUUGUGUCGGCUAUUUGUUUUGAUGGCUUAACUAUCGUUUUUAGUCCUCUUAAGGCACUUAUGAAAGAUCAAAAACGAGAGUUUAUCAAAAUAGGCAUUUCAUGUGCUGCUUUAUAUGCUAAUUUAUCACAAGGAGCAUGUGUCCAAGAAAAAAUUUUUGAAGAAAUAGCAUAUGGAUUGAUAAAAGUGCUAUUUGUUACGCCUGAAAAACUAGUAUCUAAUGAAAGAUUUUGCAGAUUUAUCACACAACUUUAUGAACAAAAAAGAGAAGCCUGA